CGUACCUCAACAUUGCAGAAUGAACAUAAAAGAGAAGAAGAAAGAAAAGGACGAAACAGUGACUGAUGACAUUCGUGGUCUUCCGGUGGACCGCGGAUAUGCCUGGGUUAUCGCCGUUGCUUGCCUCUUCUGCAACAUCAUCUGCUUGGGAAUGCAGCGAGCCUACGGCGUUCUCCUUGUGGAAAUCUUUCGAAUGUUCCAGACGUCUGCUGGUGUGACAACUACCAUCCUCACAGUGCAGUCCUGUGUUGUCAGCAUUGCAGGUUUGUUGACCCAGACGGUGGUUCUGUCCUUCCUCAGCGUGCGACAGACGGUGGUCAUCGGUGGGUUUCUGGGUGGUCUUGGCCUCAUCCUCAGCUACUUUGCUCAGACUGUCUUCAUGCUCUACUUCACUAUCAGUCUUCUAGUCGGCUUGUCUAUGGCUAUGGUCUUUGGGCCCACGCUGGUCAUUGUCGGGACCUACUUCUGUCAGCGGCGGUCCCUAGCGUCCGCCAUUGCCGUGCUCGGGGGCAACAUCGGGUCGACAGUGAUGCCCUUGUACCUACAGACUCUCAUCUCGACCUUUGGCGGCCGUGGCGCCCUCUUGGUUGUCGGCGCCACCUACUGGCACGUCAUGGUGGGCGGCCUGCUGCUGAGACCGCUGCACCUCAAUAAGACACGGAAGUGUACAGAAGACAAACUCAAGCCACGGAACUCACAGACGGAGCAGACACCAGCGCCCGCCAGACACGAGGCUGCGCAGAGACUUCAUCACUUCUCUUGGUCAACUCUCAUGUCCGUGAGGAUGUCAGUCAGAUGUCAUCCGACAAAAGUAUCCAGGAGUUCAAUAACAUCAGCGAUAAAGAAGACAGUAACAGCACAAAACUGCAGGUAAUCAAAGAACAUUCCCAUGGCCUUCGAAAACACGGACCACGUGAAGCUGGAAAACUGUAACAUCGUCUGUUCAGCAGAUCGACCAGAUAAAGACAAGACUGUGAAAAAUAAACAAAACUGUUCCGAUGUUUGUACCCUGUUGGACUUUCGGUUGUUUAAAAAUAGUAAGUUUGUACUGUUAAUCGUGUCGUUGUCACUGGGGGAUGUGCCAGCUGCCCUGUACGGUACCUACUUACCUCCUCUGGCAGCAGACAAAGGUUUGACGGGUCAGGAGGGCGCCAUGCUGCUCUCUGUCUUCGGGACAUGCGGGGCCGUGGCUCGACUCUUCUUUGGAUUCGUCGCCGAUUUGGUCUGUAUCACACAUCCUUCGUAACCUGAAUCUUUAGAACAGUUUCAUGUUUUCCAUUGUUGUCCUUAUCUUUUCGUUGUUAUGUUUGCCUUUCCCAAAUCAGAACCUGGUCCCGCGACCUGUUCUAGGCGGCCAUCUUGAUAGGCGCGUGCAGUGUGGUGGGAAUGUUCACACCUUUCUACACGUCCUUCACCUCACUCGUCGUCUUCAGCGCCCUCUACGGCGUUUUUGGCCCCGUCUUCUUCUCCAUCUGCCCUGUCGUCAUCGUCGACCUGCUGGGGCUGGAGAACCUGGGCCCGACUUUAGGCUUCGUGACACUCUUCCAGGCAGCGGCUGAGGGAGCCUCGCACGCCCUCACAGGCUAUCUUCGUGACGUCACAUCCGGCUAUCAUUCCUCGUUCUACUUCAUGUCAACGUGCGGCCUUCUCUGUGCUGCCAUGUUGCCAAUGACGUCACUUACAAUCAGAGACCAUUCCUGUUCUCCCCAGACAGCGCACCACGAGAUGACGCAAGAGGCCAUCCAACCAAUCAGGAGUGAGACUUCUUGUUAAGGGAGAUAAUGCAUCUUGAUGCAAAAAAAAAAAAAAACAAACAAAACAAAACAAAAAUAAAAGCAAUGACAAAAAAAAAAAAAAAGGAAUGAGGAGCUAAAUAAAGAAACAAAGGAGGAAAAGAAGAAGUAAGAAAAAUAGUCAAUCCGAAAGAGAAGUGAAAACAGUUCCAGUCUUCUAAUCCUUGGUAUCUUGACAGUGCAAAAGGAUUGGCUGCGUGGUGUGCGAUUAAUACAGUGAUCUGUCCAUCUCCCGAAGGAAAAAACCCAAAAGAAAUAAACAGAUGUGAGUAGCCAAGAAAUACACUUUAAUAUGCUUUUUGUUAGUACUGUUGUAACAGGGAAGCAAUAAAAAAAUGGUAUGAGUAGUCGGUCCAUUUUCACAUUUUGGGACAGACACACUAGACACUUAGAAGAUGGCGCUUAUAUUCAAAGGCGUAUUAAAAUAACUUGUUUCUUUUAUUUGGAUGAAUGGCAACUUACCAGCGUUGAUCGUGUAGAACACACACACAGAUGUCUAGCUCAGGAGUUGCCUACAAAUUAUGGUGUGACCGACUUUGCUAGAUAGAAUCUUUAGCUAAAAGAAUUUUUCUAGCAUAGUGAUUAGGAAACAGUCGAGUAGAAACAAAAUGCAGAAACUGAUAAUUUUAGGGAUAAAUCACAGAUAGUCAAGGACAUGACAACAGAAAAAUGACGGAAGAAAAAAAGUAGUUGGCACAAGAAUGUUGCCUGUCGACAUCUUAACAAAUAUUUGUGACUCACACUGUGUAGCAGUACACGAAAACAAACUCACUACACAUGUAAACACACAUUUGUGGCUGACACUGUGUAACAGUCGCCGUGACACUCGAGGAGCCAAAUGCAUGCAAUGCACUCAAGCUACCCGCCUACCUCCACCCGGAUGACGACAGUAGACAGGAGUUUCUUGUUCGUUGAAUUGUAUAUAGUUUGUAAAGCAAUCACCUUUAACCCCAACCCCUAAAUAACUCCUAAAUAAAACUUCUUGAUAAGAUUUCUGUUUCUCGUUUGUUUGGAUGACGGUUUAAGCGUUAACUUAUUAUAUGCUUUCAUUAUUGGUUACUCGGCAGUAAAUGGUUGUACUGACUUAUUCUAGCAAGUAAACAUUUUUCUGACUCAUGCAUGUACAGAUUCACGUGAGCUACACACAACAAAAUGUAGUUAAUGUACAUGACCAGUCUGAUUAAUUCUGACCAGCAGUGUUUGUCAUAUGAUCCACAAUAUACUGCUAACAAGCUGGGGGGAGGGUUAGGGUUGUGUUCCCUAAUUGCAAGGUGAUGUCGAAAUACCUGCUCACUAAUUGCAAUUUGGUAAACACCAGUGCAUGAUGCUUACUCGGGGUAAAAUGAUAUUGUUUUUCAUUAACAAAUAAAAGCCAGUCUCUUUCCUUUUGUUCAGAAAGCCAUGGAACGUUUGAACAGUACUUUGUCAAUGUUGGUACUCGAAGGAAACAAAAUCCUAAAUUGUUGUGACUGGGUCACCAAUACUACA